GUCUGGAAAAUAAAUCCUGUGUUGGCUUGAACAAGUUUUAAAGUCCAUUUUUAACGAAAAUUGAAGGAAACAAAGUUUUUUUUUAACCCUGUUAAAUUGCAAUUCUGUCAGAAACGAUGGCUGUAAAAUGUAAAUCCAUUGAUUGAUUGUCAGCUGAAAUAAGGGUAGAAGAACGAAGAAAAAAAAACAAAAAAAAAAAACACAUUUUUUUUCGUUUUCAAGGUUGAUGCUCACACCCAUUCAUGUACAUCAAAACUCCUAGAUUUCCAUCACGAUCCCAAAAGACAAGUCAUUGACCCUUCGACAAAGUUUUACUUUACCCUUGAAAGUUUUGUUAAAGCGUUAUAUUUAUCAUACAAGGGGUGGUCAUUUAUCAGAGGGGGAUGAACUACCCUGCAGCAUGACGUUUGGUAGUUAAACAUCAAACCCUCCUCCCUUUAGGACUUAAAUCCUUCCCGUCAGAAACACGCGUGGGCAGGAAGAGAAGGUAUAUAAAGAGCCAAGAUUCUUGCCUAACGCACAGAAACCCAGAGCUCUGCAUUCGACAUGAAGCUAUCUACGGUUAUUCUCUCUUUUGCUCUUCUUGGAACAGUCUUGGCAGCCAUUCCAUUUCGCCAUCGUCGAGGCUUACCAGGAGUAUCAUUGAAAGAUCCAAACCCAACUACUUUUACAAAUUUCAAACAACAAUACUUCUACCCACGCCCUAGCUGGGGAGGUUAUAUUGGAAACUACGGAAAUCACGGCGUUAGCAGCUACGGCGUCGGGACGUAUGGCGGAUACGGAGCAAACCACGGAAUAAACCAAUUCGGAGCAAACAAUUACGGGGCAGGAACAUACGGUGCAGGAAGUUACAGUACAGGUUCCAGUUCGAGUAUGGGAGGUGCUUAUGGUAAAUAA